AUCUAGUAGCAAUUUCCAUAGCAAUUGUUUCAACAAAGUCCCAUCCGGCAGGAUAUUGUUUACCCGAUUUUAUCUAAACAUAGUGUUUCCGAACACAUCUCGGUUCAAUGACAGAGAGGGUAAUCCCAGGAAAAAGCGUUAUAUGACACUUGCAUGAUGUAAAUGUUUUAGAUUUGAAUAAUUAGAUGAAUUGGAUAGAGUUUAAACAGAUCCAAUCAAGAACAUUGGUGUAACCAGGUUUGCAUUAUUGCUCGUUCGUAAAAGAGAAAACCACUAUGGCAGAUAAAGGCGGAAAAAAUGAUAUGGACAGGAUUGGAGUGUUCCAGGAAAUGGGAUAUGUCACAAUAGGUGACAGAUAUAAGCCCCCUGGAAUCCAGUUCAAUGCUGCUGCAAGUAAAGGAAAACAGAUACUUCCUGGGGGAAGCAAGACCAGGUCAGCCCUACAGAGCGGUUACUUUUUGGAGAAAUAUGGGAGAGUAAUGGAGGGAGAGGCAUACAGUGAUCCAAUCAAAAUGAGACGACAACACAGAUUAAAAGAAUCCCAAAGAAAUAUUGGAAAGGCAUUUUUACCUAGCAGUGGUGAAAAGAAACCGUCUGGACUAGGAAGUCAUUAUGGUACACUUGCUGGCCCUAUCUCUGCCUUUAGUCCGAAUGCAAGGCCAGGAAAAGGCUAUAAGUCGCCCGGAAAGAACUUUCUUACAAAUCCAGGAAAGAAAGGAACGGGCUUUGGAUAUGUAGCUGUAACACUUGGAAAAUACCCCAAUUAUUUAGGGGAUUCAUAUGAUGUACAUAAAGACAUAGCAAAGAAAGAGUUGGCCAAUCAUAAAAAUGCAGUAAAAGGUGCUGCAUUUAAACUGAACAUGCAUCCCAAGCCGUACUUCGAUCAGAAUCCUUAUGCAUCAGAUAAGUUAUUGGGACGACGAAGUGUGUCUGCAGGUGUCUCUAAGAAAGAGGAUGUUAAGCCAUUCAAGCCGAGCUCUCCUGGCAAGAAGCCUGCUGGUAUGAAGGCGGGAACAUUUGACCCUUAUCCUUCCCAUUCCGCCGACCCUUACAAGAUCAAAGUGUCACACUCUGUCAAUGUUGUCAACAAAACUGGAAAGACCUUUAUGCCAUCACAGGGACCUAAAUCUGUACCUACUAAUUCUAUAGUCAACCAGAAUAUACUGAAAACAAUCAAUGUACAGAACUACAGAUCAAUGACAUCCAUCAUUUAAGGAAAUUUAACCAGAUAAAAUAAGAGACCAAAAUCUCAACUUAAAGAACUAUGGAUCACAACUUUAAUCACCUUAAAGAAAAGAUGAAGGUGACUGCCCAAACAUCUACUACCUUGUCAGUUGUGGCAGGAUACACAUCUCUGAACAGACAUUGCAAUGUUCUUGAAGAAUGUUGUUCUAUUAUAAUGCCUUAUGUAAUGGGUUAACUGAGCAGGUGUGUAUUACUACUUACAGGUUACUGUUUUGAAAACUCUUGUACAUAAUAUACUGUUAUACAGAAAAACAUUGAAUCGUUUUGUACUUACCUUACAACUAUAUUAGUAUUAUAUAUUUAAUACAUUGUGUUGCUCAUUCAAAGUUUAUGUCAAAUAUCUGUUCUUUCAUUCCAUUUUUUUCCUGUAAAAACACUUUUCUUUUGUAUGGAAGCAGAGGGCUGUGAUUUCCUAAAUAUACAUUUGAUGUUAAUGUUAUUUUAUGUAAUUGUGAUCCAGAUUAUACAUUAUUUCAAUACAAAUUAUUUCAAGAGUAUUUUAUCUUAACUUUACAAAGAACCAUCAUUUAUUUAAUUGUAUUUGACCUAUGGAAUUUUAAGAAUCCUGUGGUUUAUGAUAUAUUUUAAUAGUAGCUUCUCUUGAGUGUCGUGCACCCAAUUUGUAUAAUUAUUAUUCACACGAGGCCAACUUUUGCCUUUCCCCUGCUCUUACCUUUACACAUUAAGCCAAGCUUGUGCCAAGUUUAUGGAAUGUACAAAAAACCUCAAAUAUACAACCUAAAAACAAUUGAAAUCUUUAUUUUGAAAUAAAGUAUGUAAUAUCAAAUGAAAUAAAAAAUAUUGAUCACUGAAAUUAUCAAUAACUUUUAAUUCUUUAUUUUUUAAUUCCAUAUUAAUCUGCCAGCAUUCCCUAUCUUCCAGUGCAGUGUACCUCUGAAAGCCUUAUCAGGCUAAAGUAACUCUGUGGUUAACUUUUUCUUCAUAAUUGUAUUAUGAGGAUGACAUUUCCACAAAGAUUUAUUUUUUGGCUAAAAUAUCUAUGAAGUGUUCUUAAAAAAUUCCUACAACAAGACACUGGUUUUCUUUAAAACAACUAGUAUCAUAAAAAUGUGAACAAAUUUAAGUUGUCUUUGUCUACUUUUUUGUGUGUUUCCUGCCAGGCAGAUGUGACAGACAUAGCUGUGGUGGCAGCAGUGGUGUCCACACAAAUGUUGUCUAUCUGAUUACUCUUGAAGGAAUGUUUUGAUUUUCAUUAAACUUUCCACACAUACCUAGGUAGUAUCGCUUUCACUUCUAAAGUAUGAUUUUGACCCACAUCUGAGCAUCAACAAGACACUAUAAGACUAUAUUGCUAUAAGACACUAGAUUGGUACAUGAUAAAAAUAACUAAACCAUUCCAAGCCAAGCAUUACAAUUUGACUUUUGACUUUAAGGGUUCCGAGCUUUUGGACAGGUAUUACAGAUUUGAUCCCUUAUGGCAUUGGCCUGAAGUUUAAACACCUGGGAAUUCUAUGUGACUCGCUGUUCAUCAGGCUAUAAUACAUUUAUCUAUGAAGUUUAACAUAUUAACAUUUGCAAGUUAUGGUCCUUGCGAAUGUUACAUUUAUUUGACCUUCUGACCUUGAUGGUUCAUAAUUAGAAUUUUACAUGACAAAUGUCCUUUUUAAGUACAUUCAUAUUUGAUGAUUUUUAAGAAAAUAUUCAGCUGUUCAGAUAUUAUGGUCUGGACUAGCUGUCAACAAACAUCAGCAGAUUACUUUCUUUGCAGCACUGUAUGUAGAUAUUGUUCCCACGUCCACAAUCCUCCCGGAGUCAACACACAUAUUGUCAUUAAAUAGACAAGACUUGAACUUGCAUGUUUUACUUUUAUUGUUGAUGAUAUAACAUAUCUAGCAGCCAUUGUUGACUGUACAUUUAAAGAACAUGAAGACUCAUGCAUUGUCAUGACAACACGAUAAUGGAGAGAAACGCCAGUCAAUAUCUGUUUAUAAACUUACAGAAAUGGAAAGAAAUUAAAACUAGUUCACAUGUAAUAACACAAAAUGAUUAGCACAUGUACAUUUCAAAAUCUAUUUAUUUGAUUUUGAUGAAUAUUGACAACUUCUUCAUCACUGCGACAGGUUUUUUGUAUUGCAUUGUGUGAAUACGUACACAAGUUAUCAAAGCUGAUGUAUGGAAUAAAGUAUACAAUACACAGAAACAUACAUACAGAUUGAAACUCCAGUUUUAUACCAGGACUGAUGUAUACCAGUUGUAAUGUACACAGGACCAUGCAUACAGAUAUAAGUGUACACAGUUUUAAUACCAAAACUGAUGUUUGGGUACUAUACUACACAAAAUCAUAAGCCUUUUUUAGAUUGCAGUAGUGCGCCCCACACAUACCGGUAGGUAUUCUAAAGAAACAUGUACACCAAGCAAACUUUUAACUGUAUACAUUGUGUUAAUCCUGACUGGUACUAAUGGAGACAACUUGCAGUAAACAAGAUUGAAGUUUGGGAACUCAAAUGAAUAGCAGUUAUUGUAACAGCAUGAUGCGAGUCUCCUUUUAGCGUUCACAUUUCAAUUACCCUUCCUUAUAACUCAUGAUGUUCUGUACUUUAGUAUUCCAAUGCAGACUGCAGUUAUGGAGGUGGUAGGACAGAUAGUGGUCAGCACAAACAAUGUGGCCAAUAUACAAGUGUAUCAAUGUAGUCUACACAUGUAGGACCACCAGCUGACAAACCUAUAUCCACCACAAGCACCAGCAUAUUAUAGUAAUCUAUACACCUUCAUUUUAUGCAUACAGUAGCACUUCUUUCUCAUAGUACUGUAGGGUUGGUGGAGAAUAUACACAAUAUUUUUACCUGAAAAUGAUAGUUGGUUUGUUUUCUUUAUAUUCAAAAGUUUUCAUCAUAAAACGCCUGGCUGUAUAUAUACCGUCUCCAUAAAACACUUGGCUGUAUAUAUACAGUCUCCAUAAAACACUUGGCUGUAUAUAUACAGUCUCCAUAAAACUCUUGGCUGUUUAUAUACAGUCUCCAUAAAUUCAACUGAGCAUUCAGUGAUACUUAUUCAUUUUAGUUUUCAAAAUGUAUACAUUAACUCUGUAUCACUAAAGUGAAAAGGGAAAUUGUGUAUCCACAACAGGUCUGAAAGCUCAGCCACUACAGUAACCAUAUUAGGUUCCUUCUCGGCUACCACCUACCUGGAUUUGUAGUAGGUCCAUGGCCGUUGUUAUCAAUGUUUUUUGUUAACAAUCCUACAUCACUGCUGUACCCUUGAUUUUGGUGGCUUUGAAAAGGAUGUCUUGUGAAAGUUUUAGAACAGCUAUUCAUGAUAGGCUGAAGCUAAGAACAAAACUAGCACUGAUGUUUUGAAGCUGGUUUAUUAGUAGUGUUAAUGGAAAGUUUGAUUCCUCUUUGGCUGCAAUAUAACCACAGUGCUAAAUGCGACUUAAUGCACAUAAUCAAUAGGAACCUAAAUUAAAGUUGAAAGUUGAAGUUGAAAAAUCAGUCAUAAAUUCUUUGAAAAUCCUGGGGCCAUAUAUCAAAGUAUAAAUUCUAUCAUUAUUCUGUGGUUAUGGUUGGGUCCUAAUAUUGAAGUUUAAAUCUACUUGUAAACUUUCAGUUAUACUAAAAUGUGACUUGGUAUUGAAAUAUAAAUCCUGUCAUUCUUCUGCAGUUAUACUUGUAAACUUUUAGGUAUGGUUGGAUCCUAGUAUUGAAGUAUAAAUCCUGUCAUUCUUCUGCAGUUAUACUAGUUAACUUUUAGGUAUGAUUGGAUCCUAGUAUUGAAGUAUAAAUCGAAUCCUAUCACUAUACUGCAAACAUUUGUUAAAUUUCAGUUAAACUGGGACUGUGUAAUGAAUUAUAAAUCCUAGCACUUAACUGUAGAUAACGUUUAGUAAUACUUGGGCCUUAUUAUUGAAGAGAUUCUUCUGAUCAUUCUCUAGAUAUACUGGUAAACUUUAACAGUUUGUCACCUAGUAUUUUGUAUAGAGUAUAUACUGUCGUUGCUCUGCAGAUAUGUUAACACGGGCCCUGCACAAUAAUUUAAUAAAGGUACUUGAAAACCUUAAUGAAGCUUUAAAGAAAUAAAAAAAACACAUAUUGACAGUAAUAUUAAAUGAAAAUAUUUCAACCUGAAAAAUUAACAAAAAAUCUGAAUAUCAUUAUCUGUCAAGAAAUGAAAACAAAUUCCAACAAAACCUUAAAAUCAUUACAUUAGUAGCUACAUUGCUACUGUUCAAUUACACUGUAUCUUAAAACAGUUUUCUUCUUUUUACAAAUUUAUUUUAAUCCUAAUGAAAUAGCCAGAAUAAAUCAUGGUACACAUUUGGAUUUGAUCUUCAAAUUCAAUCUUCCAUUUGUUAAGGACAUAACUAACAUGAAAUAUCAUCAGGGUGGUUAUGAUGAAAGUUUUAAACAUCACCUAAUUUGUUAUCUUUGUUAGCAUGAUAUAUCUACCUACUAUCUACCAAAUAUCACAAAAGUUUAUAUGAUAAUAAGUUCCAGAGUGACAAUGCGAAUGACUUUAAACUUCUUCUUCAAUCUGCAUAGAUAUCGGUUGAUAUUUUCAAUAAGUCAUUUGAUUUUACUUUAGUCAAACAAUUCAAACUGAAUCAAAAUGAAACCCAACAACUAUACUCUCCUAUUUCAAACAGUCAUACAUAAUUACAUCAACAUGCAAUCUUGAAACCUGGUACCCAGUAGUUAAACUGUAUCAUUUCAUUACACUACUACAAAUGUAUAUAAAAGGGGACCAUCUUUAGUCCCAUUAACCUUUUGUUACUGAUAAAAAGAGGUCUGAUCUACCUGGAUAGCCCUGAACAGACUACCUGCAUCAUUUACCUACAUCAUGUAAUUUGUAAAGCAAUAACCAUUGAAUAUGUGCCCAACAUGUUACUAAUGCAUAUGGGUUACACAGCGUAUGUAAUACCAUGCCUGUUUAUAGAAAACCUAUAAAAGUGAUAAAAGAAAAGUUUAUCACUGUGACCUCUCACUCCCAAUUCAUAUGGAACAUCCUGUGCUUGUUAAACCUUUCCCAUGCAUGUGUUCACACUCUAGAAGCAUUUUUCAUUGGCCUAUCUUCAUAUGACUAGCUGUUGCAAGGGUGCUAAACCCCAAUCAAUGGAAAUAAAACCAUUGAUUGCUGAUUAUGGUGUCAUGUUACAAUGCUUUGUGAUGGUAUCCAUGAUGACAUCAUCUUUGUAACAGAGAUGUAGGUAACAUCAAAUGUUCACAAACACUGGAAACCUAGAUGGUUAUUGAAUUUACUUAAAUGGGUACCUUAUCACUAACCAUAACCUGCUAGGAAACCUCUAUCAAAUGUUUAGACUGACCAGCCUAAAACAUGAAUAGAUUUUGUCCUGACCAGUUUUUCCGAUUACACAGGUUUCAUUGUAAGUGGAUGGAGGUCUAGCUUACCCAAUAACACCAAACUUCCUCACAAAAUCUCAUAGUUGUCAUAAAUAUUAGUACAGUGAAUACAAGACAAAUUGAUCUAAGAUUAAAGUACCAGCAGACCAUGACAUUUUGUAGAGAAAUAAAUGACAAGUAAAAUCACACUGGGAAGUCCUUAUGGCUGGUAUCAAACACUGCUUCUAUUAAUAUGUUACAAGACAUUCAAAUUCAAAUUAAUAUCUUACAAGAUGACAUAUAACUGCUUUAGUUAACGUUCUUUCACUGCUGAUCUACAUACAUGUUAAAUCUCACUACACAUAUGGAGAUCUAAAUAGUCACAUAUUAAAUAUUGGUACACAUUUAGAUUUGAUCUUCAAAUUCAAUCUUCCAUUUGUUAAGGACAUAACUAACAUGAAAUAUCAUCAGGGUGGUAAUGAUGAAAACAUAAUUAAUAUUGAUGACAUUUGACAAGAAUGCUGAACUGCUAUCUGUUAAUACAUUUUUAAGGAAAAUUCUAAAACUGAGGUAUUUAAUUAGCACAUGUAGGCAUUUUUGUGGGGGGGGGUUUCCAUUCCCUUUAUAAAUACAAAACUCCAAUUUAAAACGAGAAAGAAAAAGCAAUUGAAGAACGAUUCCAUUAAAAAAUCUACCUGAACCCUGGACUUCAAAUAUAUCACUUCUAUGAAUGGUUGCCUGUUACUUCAUUGAUUAAUUUCAUUCUAUGGGUAGUACCUCAAAACAAAACAUCGAGUCCUGGGAUGGGAGAGAUGUUUUACAAGAAUAGCCUUGAUCGACUAGGAGACAAACUAUAAAAGAGAAAAAAACAAUUGCAAAAAGCAAAAGGUAAGAUCUAUUGUUCCAUAAUGAAUGUCUUCUCCACCUAUCCCCCUAUAUAAGAUGUUGAAAUGGCACACUAUGCACAUAAUACUGACAAAGGCCAAUAUGUUUUCAAUCUUUAAUUACAUAACAUUUAUUCAAGCAUGACUCACUGUCUCACUAACAAUUCAAAUCUUUUGCGGGAAAAAAACGAAUAUGCCCUUUCACAAUUGUAAGUAUGCUUGAUUAGAAUAUACAUGUCAGUGAAAUUUUCAGAAUCUUUACAUACUAUCUAAAAUUUAAAAGUAAAACAACAGACAUAAACGAUAAAAAUGUAUUUCUUACAGCCUAAACUGAUGCGUGCAUCAGUUGUAUCACCAUGAAGAACUAGUUGAGAGACUUUCUGAGAUCUAUCAAUGGUUGGUGGGUUGGAUUGAUAAUUUUCAGCUUCAGUACAGGCACUGGUACAACAGGAAACCUUGCAUCAGUUCUGAUGUUUAUCUGUGUCACAUUUACAGUGUUAGCCACUAUCAAAUGUUUAUAAAUUUCAAAUUUGGGACAUAGCACAUGACAUCCAACCCAAAAUCAAAGUAUCAUCACAAGGGAACACAUUUUUACUGGGAGAGAGGGGUUGGUUUAGCCUGUUAUCUAGUAUUGCACACCACAUCAAUGUAAUACAUAUUCAACUGGUUUACUCGUAGCAAUCCAUUACAUGAUAUUUAGUCACCUGAAGCAGAAGAUAGCUUAAUCCACAUUAUCGGUAUAAACAUAACAAGUAUUUAACAAGCUUAGUUUGAUUUGCAUAUUCUUAUGUCUUUAACCACAAUAUUCAAGAGGUCUGCCAAUUAAGUCAUCAAAAUGUGAAUUUCAGAAUGUGUUGUCAGAAAUCAGUACAGUGCUUAUUAUAGGCUGGUCUAUUUGACUAGGACUUACAUGUAGUGAUGGAGGUAUACAUGUGCUACAGGGACGAGUAUUUCAUUUGAAUAUCAAUUUACAAUAAAAUGGAAUGAAUUUGUUUCUAUUUUAUAUAAAUUAUUCUGUCAAAGAAGAUAUUAUAUUGGAUAUCAGUGCUUCAUAACAAAUCUGUGUUAAAUCCCACAAAUCAAUAUGCAACUCUAUGUGCAAGUUUGAAGAUUUGGGAAAUCCAUUUAGUAGGAUUUGCUGAACAUUUCUAACCAGGAUGGAGUACACCUAAACAUAGGUGUACCAAUUGCCUACACACAAUGUUCCAUGUUAACUCCUCUCUCAUCUCACACCAGGUAAGGUCAGGAUUGCAUUAUGUAUGUUUCCUAGUUCAGCUAAUUGUGAGACAGAAUAAAAUGGGACAGCUCUUUUCCUUCAUCCCUUAGACAAUCCUGGAGCCUGCUCUCCCCUGGGCGUUCCCGGGGCCUUCCUCUCUGUGGAUGACCAGCACACCACACAAGCUUUGUCAGGGCUUACAUUGCAUCUUGCUUUCAAGCUUCACUACUAUCUCCUGACUGCAUUCUUCAAUUCUGCUGCAAGUCCACAGAUAG